CGGAUUCGUGGUCUGUGGAUGACAGGUGGCUGGUGUCUCUGGAGGUGCUCCGGUGUCUAUUUCUCAUUGGUACUUUCUGAAUUCGGUGGGUUCUUUGAUCUUUCGUUUCAAAAUUUUAAAUAUUUGCCACUAGUUCGCCAAGGAAAACUUUUUGUUUCAGAAAAAUGUCUACCCUUGCAUAUGAAAAAGUUUGGUUAGAAAAAACCAUCUACACAGAUGCAGAACGCAAUUAUUAUGAAUCCCUAUCAAAGGGUAAUCAAGCUCCUGCGGGUAUAACAGGGUCAGUACUAGCCAGUGAAGUAGCAAAAGCACGGCAACAUAUCAAGAACUCUCUGGAAUGUAUGGAUAGCGUGGCUGCAUUGGCUGGAGUGCCGAACACUGAAAUCAGUAACAAAAUUAACAGUUUAGAAAAUGAAAAUUCGGAAUUGAAAAAGACUAUUGCUGAGCUGCGCAAACUGGUUUUUGAUCUACAAGUGAGAGUUGAAUCAUUGGAAGCAGCCAGCUCAAACUAUGCCAAACCUGCCCCACCCAAGGCAGCAGCAGCUAAAGUGUCUGAAGAUUCUGACGAUGGAGUUGAUUUGUUUGGGUCAGAUGAUGAAGAGGAAAAUGCUGAAGCAGCUAAGCUGAGAGAAGAACGACUCGCUGCAUAUAAUGCAAAAAAAUCCAAAAAACCAGUGCUUAUUGCCAAAUCAAAUAUUAUAUUGGAUGUCAAGCCAUGGGAUGAUGAAACAGAUAUGAAAGCCAUGGAAGAAGCUGUUAGAAAGAUCAGCAAUGAUGGUUUGCUCUGGGGUGCGGCUAAAUUUGUACCUUUAGCGUUUGGUAUCAAGAAACUGCAAAUAUCUUGUGUUGUUGAAGACGAAAAGAUAUCGGUCGACUGGCUGACUGAAGAAAUUGAGAAGCUGGAAGACCUUGUGCAAAGUGUUGAUAUUGCUGCGUUCAACAAGGUGUAACAAAGAAAACAACUUUUGGUUUUAUUACAUUCUAGAACUCA